GACCCUGUGCCUUAUUUCAUGCAGUGUGUCCUCAAGACAUCGUUACUAGAGCCUUCUGUACCCCAAUUUACAGCUGACCUAGUUUACAACCCUUGCGAAGUUCAUACAACCCCAGUACCCUCCUUUUACAACCUCACCGAUACCUCGUCUACCCUUGCAAGUCUCCCCAUACUACCAAUCCAGUUAGCCCUGCAUGAUGCGACUUCAUGCCCGGAUCAACCGGUGGCCAGGUUGGUGGACCCUCUACCUAGAGGUUCUUGCCCGUACAGGUCACCUGCCCCAGGUUUCCUUCUUCGGAUCAAGAUCUUCACAGGUGGUACCGUCGAAAGUCGUACUACCUCUCCGCUUGGGAUUUCCAAGCAGGCUUCUAAUUCGAGUAUAUACUUUCCGGAUUUAUUCAUGUGA